AAUAUUUUACAUCUAAUUUGAGAACUAAUUAUGAGAUAUUAGAAAAGAUGAUAUUUAUAUAUAAUGGCAUAUGGAAACUAUUUCAAAUACCUUACUGCAGCUUUAAAUGCGAGCAAACUAUGGAAAAAUGCCUAUUUUCCGAAAAUCAAUCCUUUUUAAAGAAAAAAAAAUUUUAAUAAGAAUUUUGGUAGAAUAAAUAAUCAAUAUUUGUUAUAAAAAGAGCUCUGCUAGUUCGAUUAAAUUUAUCACAGCUUGAGUUCUUAAUAACAACACAAAUUUUAUAAAUUAAAUUAAAUUUUUCUUUUCGAAUUUGCAAUUAUAAUUCUCUAGAAAUUUUUUUUUAUAUAUGAUUUAAAUGUAUUUUUUUAACUAAAGACAACUUGCUCGAUCUUAAAGAGUGAGGGGUAGAUAUCCCUGAAGGAGAAUUGGAAAAUUGCCUUUCUUUUGUAAGGUCAAUUAAAAAAUUCCUUAAAGAGUCAGCGAAAGCUCAUAGCAAACUGAGUAGUGCCUAUUCAUCUCUGCUCUCCAAAUAUCAAACCCCUUUCUUGCCAGAAUACAAUAAAAUCAUAAAAAUUCACAAAGAAAUUAUCUCAGGUAUCAUGACUUCAAACAAAGAAAGAAUAGACACUGCGCAAAACGGUCAUGAUGAUUUAAAGGUCUUAUCUUCAGAAAUCAAACAACACAUCAGGAACAUCAAACAAAAUAAAAAAUACUUACUCCCUUCCUUGUGUAAGCAAAACCAUUGAAAAAUUCCUAUUUUGGGAAAAAAUCUGCAUGAUAGAGUGAGAAAUUCUUAUGAAAUAUUUGAUAUAUAUGUGAUAAUUAUUAUAAAGAAGUCUCUUGCUAGUUCAAUUCAAUUUUAAUAAGCAUGCGUUUUAAAACAUAAAUUUUAUAAAUUAAAUGAGUUUUUCCGCGGAUUGGGCUUUUUAAAUAGAAAUUUUAAAAAAUAAAAAUAUCCAUUUCAGGAAGCAAGUAAUUUUUUUUUGUUCGUUCACAGGGGGAGACUUAGUUAGCCUAACAAAACUAUCAGAUCAAGCUAUUCACUCAAAGUCCUACAAAUCUUAUAAGCUGUGCGCACAGCCUUUAAUUGACUCUCCUGACAAACACAUCGUAAAGCAUUCGAAGCAAUCAAUUGAGUAUUCAUCAGGGCUUUCUUCAUCAAUAGAAAACCAGGUCAAUAUUUUGAAACAAAAAAUCUUAAAUGAGGCUAAAAGAGUAAUAAAAACACAAAAAUCCUGUGAAAGAAAAAAAAGGUCAAAGAGCUCAAAUUUAGAUCUUGGGGACAUAACAAGCAAAAAAAUUGAAAUAAAAUACAGCAAAGUAAACAAUACACUGAGGGUUUCUUCUGUUUCACCAGUAAAAAGAAACGAAGAAUGAAGUGAUAAACAGAACGAAUUUGAUAAUAUUAACACAGAAAUGAGAAACUCUAAGCCAAGCACCCCAGCAAAGCCGCCAGUUCAUCCAAAGAGAAUCAAUUCAGAGCCAUCUUCUGCUCCUCUAAAGCAUUUCAAUGGUAGCCCUUUGAGGCUAAAUUUCCAAGAGAAAAUUAAAAUUGAAGAUAGUAAUGUCAAUGAUGACAAGAAGGAGAUAUCAGAUUUCUCAAGCAGAAUAUAUACAGAAACUCAAGAAAAUAAAGAAAAUAUUUUUAAUUAA